GUUUCUUACGAGUCCCAUACCGUGCGCCGCCGGCAGAUUCGAAGAAGAAGAAGAAGCAUUUGUCAUCCUCAUCCAGGGGACGACCUGGAAACCCUAGACUGGUUCCUCAAUCUCCGCCAUCCCCGUUAAGCGCUCAGCCUCCGACCCGAAGCCCUCGAUCUAGGGUUCUUCCGACCCAUGCGCUAGGAUGAUCUUUUCUAAGAUCGCGCGUCCUAUCUCUCGAUCUUCGCGUCGCCGAUCCGGACAUGGAUGGCUGCCGAGCGGUUUUGGCGUGAAGUCUGGAUACUCAAGAGAAGCCCUAUUGCAAGAUCCGAUCUGUCAUGGGGAUAAUGGAGGAUUGAGGUCUCUGAGGGGCUAUUUGACCUCCGUCGGAGCUCAUAGAACCCUCGGAGAAAGAAAUCACCCGGUUGAUUGGAGAUUCUUUUUGGCAAAUCCAAGUUUUAGGCGGUUCUUUUCAAGUGAAUCACCCAAUAAGAAGAAUUAUGAGAACUACUAUCCGAAGGAUAAGAAAGAAAUUCCAAAAGCAAAUGAGAACAACGAAUCGGAUUCAAAAGAGGAUUCAAAUGCGGAUGAUUCAGGAAGUUUGAAGGAGAAUCUCAUGAAGGCUUUGCAGGGUUAUGUUGCUCCAUUACUUUUUAUGGGGUUGCUGUUUUCUUCCUCUUCUUUUGGCUCCUCUGACCAGAAAGAGAUCAGUUUCCUAGAGUUUAAGAACAAGCUGCUGGAACCUGGCUUAGUCGAUCACAUUGUUGUGUCAAACAAAUCAGUUGCAAAAAUUUAUGUCAGGAGCUCUGCACGAUUAAGCAAUCAAACCAAAGACGAUCAAAUGCAGGAAACAACAACACCUGCCCCUCCUGCACAUUCUGCUAGCCAGUUCAAAUAUUACUUUAAUAUUGGAAGUAUUGAAUCCUUUGAAGAAAAGUUGGAGGAAGCUCAGGAAGCCUUGGGGAUAGAUCCUCAUGAAUAUGUUCCUGUCAGAUAUGUAUCUGAAGUAAAUUGGUUCCAAGAAUUACUCAGAUAUGCACCCACUGCAUUUCUUGUGGGGCUUAUCUACUUCAUGGGGCGGAGAAUACAGGGUGGAAUUGGUGGUGGUGUUGGCAAGGGGAAUCGUGGAAUAUUUAACAUAGGAAAAGCCCAAGUGACUAGGAUGGAUAAGAACUCUAAAAAUAAGAUAUUUUUCAAAGAUGUGGCUGGCUGUGAUGAAGCCAAGCAAGAAAUUAUGGAAUUUGUGCACUUCUUAAAGAAUCCCAAGAAGUAUGAGGAACUUGGAGCUAAGAUUCCGAAAGGUGCUCUUCUUGUAGGUCCUCCAGGCACAGGGAAAACACUUUUAGCAAAAGCUGCAGCCGGUGAAUCUGGUGUGCCCUUUCUGUCCAUAUCUGGUUCAGAUUUCAUGGAAAUGUUUGUAGGAGUUGGACCUUCCAGGGUGAGAAACUUAUUUGCUGAAGCCAGACAAUGUGCUCCAAGCAUGAUUUUCAUAGAUGAGAUAGAUGCGAUCGGUCGAGCAAGAGGCCGUGGAGGAUUCUCAGGUUCCAAUGACGAACGUGAAAGUACUCUUAAUCAGUUGCUCGUGGAGAUGGAUGGAUUUGGGACAACAUCUGGUGUUGUUGUGCUAGCUGGCACCAAUCGCCCGGACAUUUUGGAUAAGGCUUUGUUGAGACCGGGAAGGUUUGAUCGUCAAAUUGCUCUUGAUAAGCCUGACAUAAAAGGCCGUGAGCAGAUAUUCCGUAUUUAUCUUAAGAAGAUUAAGCUUGAUAAAGACCCAUCUUAUUACUCUCAAAGACUAGCAGCCCUUACGCCUGGUUUUGCUGGAGCUGACAUCGCUAACGUUUGCAAUGAGGCUGCUUUAAUUGCUGCAAGAAAUGAGGGAACACAGGUCACUAUGCAGCAUUUUGAAGCUGCUAUUGACAGAAUAAUUGGUGGUUUGGAGAAAAAAAAUAAGGUAAUCAGCAAGCUGGAACGGCGAACCGUUGCUUAUCAUGAAUCAGGUCAUGCUGUUGCUGGAUGGUUCUUAGAACAUGCAGAACCCUUGCUCAAAGUUACAAUAGUUCCACGUGGAACUGCAGCACUGGGCUUUGCUCAAUAUGUGCCAAGUGAAAACCUCUUAUUGACCAAAGAGCAGCUCUUUGACAUGACAUGCAUGACACUGGGUGGGCGUGCAUCUGAAGAGGUUCUGUUGGGGAAGAUUUCUACUGGAGCCCAAAAUGACCUCGAGAAAGUGACCAAGAUGACCUACGCUCAGGUGGCAGUUUACGGUUUCAGCAGCAAGGUUGGGCUCCUUUCGUUCCCCCAGAGAGACGAUACACUCGAGAUGACCAAGCCUUAUAGCAGCAAGACUGGGGCCAUCAUCGAUGAAGAGGUGAGAGAAUGGGUAUCGAAAGCCUAUGAGAGAACUGUUGCAUUGAUAAAGGAGCACAAGGAUCACGUUAUCCAGAUUGCUGAGCUGCUAUUGGAGAAGGAGGUGCUGCAUCAAGAAGACUUGGUCCGAGUCCUAGGGGAACGCCCGUUCGUUUCUAGCGAACCAACAAACUACGAUAGGUUCAUUCAAGGUUUUCAAGACGAGGAUAACACAAGCAACAAUCUUCCAGAGGAUGCAGCAUUGGAGGAUGAUGGUUCAUCACCGCUCAAUGGGGAAGUUGUGCCGACGUAGCUACACUUGUCUUUGAUGUAUAAUUUUGUUGACUUACACACUUCAGAUUUCAUUUGUCAAUGUAGAUGAAAGAACUGUACAAACGAGUAUCUGCAUGAGAGAAAAAACAUUGUUGGUGGUACUUAUAUCGACCCUCGUCUCUAAGCAGAUGCUUUAAAUACAAGAGAUUCAAUAAUGAGUUUUGUCGGGCUCA